AGUAGCAAAAAAAAAAAAAAAAAUGAAAAAAAGGGUUUUAUGUAUCCUUAUGUAUCUUUAUUAUAUCUUGCUUUUAAGACACUUUAUACAUUUUAAAGUGAAAAUUAUCUUUCAACUAUGUAAUAUUCUAAUAUCCUACCUGCUGCAGACAAAACUAUAUAUGCAGAGGUUUGUGAAGGUAUUGUUGGCACCCCUCUCAAAUCUGCGUGACAUCUAUUCUGACCGUUUUCUCACACAGGCCACAAACAUUCAGCAGGAUCACUCAUCCUGGAAAUCCCUUUCUGUCACCCUCCACUCAGGUAGACUGAGAACACUCCCCUCAGGUAGACCCCAGGAACACAGAAUAAUAGGUUACGGAACAACUUUUUUCCCAGAGCUGUGGACAGGCUACAGAAGCCAUAGCUACUUCUAUCAAUUCAGCUUCCCUCACACACACAUGUACACACAUACACAUAUGCACAAACACACACAUAAUAUACAUAUAUUACGUGUAUUUAGAUAAUGCUGUAACUACAGGGUUUAAUGUAAUAACAGACAGUGCAAUAAUGAUUUUUAAUGUAUUUUAAUGUAAUGUAUUUUAAAGUAUUUUUAUGUGCUGUAAAUUGGUUUGCUUCAACAGAAUUUCAUUGUAUAAACAUAUGCAAUGAAAAUACAGACCUAACCUAACUUUAAGUAAUUUUAAUCAAAUUACUACAAAUUACUACUUACUGUAGGGUUCAAAUUAUUAUUAUUAUUAUUAUUUUUUACACUGCUGUGACCUAAACCGAGACUUACAUAAUGAACACAUUAUGCUUAAUGCUUACUGAUUAUUGAAUAAGGUGUUUAGAUUAAAAAACAAACAAACAAACAAACAAACAAAAAAAUACAGAAUGAUAGAAACACAUUCAGUCUGCAUUUCAGGCAAUGCAUUUAGGAUGCGUUCCACCCUCAAUACCUAGUGUUGCAUCAUUGCCUAAUAGGCAUCUUUAUUAUUCGCGCCAAAAUUCAAACGUAAUCAAAAGACUGCCAAAUUACGCGCAUUCAGGAGAGAGACCAACGGAUGAUGAACACGUUGGGCCUUGUCGAGUAGAAAGAAGAAACGGAUAAUGAAAGUUGGAGCACUGUUCCAACGUCACACAUAAAAAACUGCUAAUAAUGAUUUAUAAUGAUAUAAUGAUUAUAAUGAUUUCUUAGACGGACUGGAUGACACAUCUGUAUAUUUAAUUGAGUGGAGAGGUGGACUGAAGAAAAAACCUAAAGGCAGACGGCCUUUGUACGAAGCAACGGUGCAUAAAAUUGCAGAGAAACAGUGCACCCUAGAAAAACUUAUGAGGACACAACGUCAGUCCAGUCCAAAACUUCUGAGCAAAAGAAAAUGCAGGCCAAACCCUAAGUUUGUUGAAGAGGAGACCAGUAAUGAUGGACCUUCUAGCCCCAAAAAGAAAUGCCAAAACUCCUCAGUACAAUGUGCAAGCUGGGGGAAUGGCUUGAAGCAAAGGAGCAGAGCCCACAGAAACAACUGGCAUCACCUUCCACCAUACAGGAAACUCUUGAAAUUCACCAAGGCUCAAGAGUUUGUGUGCCAAAAAAAUGUGUUCUGGUCAGCUAGCCAUGCAAACAGCCCCACUACCAUGGCACGGAUGCUUCUACUUGGAGUAUUUGAUAUUGAGACACUUCUAAAGAGCAAUCUGAGAGGUGGCAAGUCCAAAAAUGCAAACCCUGGGGAAACAAAUGUGGCCAUGGACAGAGCAAAAAUUAAUGCAAUAAUUAGUAUGUACAUCACUUGGUUAAUUGGGCUCAUUUUUUUUUACAAUUGUGUUAAACCAAAUGUGACAGUAAAACCAUCAGAAUUUAUCAGUUUCAUCUUGGUGUAUCAGUGUGAUGACACUUUACACCUGGUUCUGAAUAAUGCCUACAUUUCAGAAACAUGCAGUUUGUCUACCUAACAAAGUAUGUCCUGUGUUAAUUUGGUGUGCUUUAGGUGAUUAUAAUUUGCAUGUCCUUAAAUAAAUGUUAUAAAACUAAAAUGUUCAGUUUUAACUAAACAUAAUCAGUUCAAUAGUUGUGUGUUCAGUGUUUAGUAGUUUUCUAAUUUUG